CCGGUACUUGAUUCCCGUCAGCUGGAUGGGUUUUUGCAAUCACCGGUGCCGGCGGCCGUUAUGAACUCUACUCGGUACCUUGACUGCACAAUGUCCAGUUCCCCGGAUGAGUCAACUGUAUAAAUAGACAUCAAUACCUCGACUUCACUUUCUGUUCAUAGUUGGCUUAUACCCGCAAGCUAUGUAUACUAUCAGGCUCGUGUACUAUCAGGCUAUAUUGCCAGGCUAUACUGCCAGGCUAUACUGUCAGGCUUGUAUACUAGCAGACCAGCAGGGCAGUAGGGCAGCAGAGCAGCAGGCCGAGUGCUGCAGGUCUUCCCCGAACAGAAACCCAGACCGCAGAGGCACGGGUGGGGACCGCGUGGUCACGUGCCGCAGACCCAACCGAGGCCCGGCACCAAAGGCUGUGAGGACGGACUCGAAAAUCCGAUUGAAAAUUUUUCAGCAAAGAAAAAACGGACAACACAAAUCCUCGCAAGUUGAUCCGCCCAUCCUCCCUGCGGGUGGUUUGAUUGGCUGGAGAUACCUCCUUCCCAGCCGUUGUUAAUUUCCCUCUUCCCCGUAAGCACGCUAAUUGCAGUCGCACCUUCAGCUUGUAUUGAGGCAAACUAAGCAUCCGAUGGGCAGGAGUUCCCCUCGUGAAAACAUCAGUGGGAACAAUCAGCAAGAUAAAGUC